GUAUGGUACAACUUUAAAAGCUGUCUUCGAUUCUUGUGAAUAGAGAAAAGGGCACAAAAUCGAAAGAGAUUCAAAGUGAAAAAGCUAAACACUGGGAUCGGAAGAAAGGCAUCUCCCUGAGGUCCUCCUCUUCUUCUUAAUCAAUGGCCAUCAUCAAGCCAUUCACGAAUCUCUCCUCUCCGCAAGAGCCAUGGAGAAAACCGUUGGUGCAACUGCUUCAGCCGUCAGCGGUCUCUUGUUCCUCCUCACAAUUAAUCUCGUCAACGGAGUGCAAGGAAGCAUCGGUGUCAGUUAUGGAACAGUUGCAAACAACCUUCCGGCACCGGCAGAGGUCGCAAGUUUCCUCAUACAUGACACAGUGAUCAACCGAGUGAGACUCUUCGAUGCCAAUCCGGCAAUCUUGCAAGCCUUCGCUCACACCGGCAUAGCCAUCACCGUCACGGUUCCUAACGAACAGAUACCUGACCUAACCAAGCUCAUCUCUGCUCGGCAAUGGCUGGGAAAAAACGUCCUCCCUUACAUCCCGGCUUCCAACAUCAUCCGCAUUCUCGUCGGCAACGAAAUCCUAUCAACGGCGAACAAACUAUUCAUCGCGAGUCUAUUGUCGUCGAUGGAGAAUCUACACACAGCUCUUGUCGAGGAGUCUCUCAACCAUCGGAUCCAGGUCUCGACCCCACACUCCCUAGGCAUCCUCUCAACAUCCAGCCCUCCAUCAACGGGGAAAUUCCGGAGAGGGUACGACACCGUUGUACUCAAGCCAAUGCUUAGCUUCUUAAACGCUACGGGUGCGCCUUUCAUGGUAAAUCCUUAUCCUUUCUUUGGCUGCUCUGCGGACACGCUUGACUACGCCUUGUUUCGGCCAAACGCUGGUGUGUUUGACGAGGACACCAAGCUUACGUACACGAACAUGUUAGAUGCACAGUUAGAUGCUAUUUUCUCGGCGAUGAAGCUACUUGGGUUUGGAGAUGUUGAGAUUGUGAUAGCCGAAACUGGGUGGCCGUCGAUGGGGGAUCCAGCGCAAAUUGGUGUUGACGCGGAAAGUGCAGCGGAGUAUAAUGGGAACCUGAUCCGGCACGUGAACUCUGGAAUCGGAACGCCUCUGAUGCCCAACCGGACGUUUGAGACAUACAUCUUUGCUCUCUUCAAUGAAAAUCUGAAACCGGGCCCCAUAAGUGAGAGGAACUUUGGGCUUUUCCAGCCAGAUAUGACACCUGUCUAUGACGCUGGAAUCCUGAGACAUAAGAAUUGGGCAUCAAUUCCCAUAAAUCCAAGCCCAGUGGUAACUCCCGUGAGCCCAAUGCCAUCUACAGGAAAGCAAUGGUGCGUCCCAAAAUCCGGUGUUGACCCAACUAUUCUUCAGAAUAACAUUGACUAUGUAUGUGGGCUUGGUAUUGAUUGCCGGCCCAUCCAAGCUGGAGGUGACUGCUUCUUGCCCAACACAGUUAGGGCCCAUGCUGCUUAUGCCAUGAAUGCCUAUUUUGAAGCUGUGGGUCGCUAUGCUUAUGAUUGUGACUUUGCACAUACUGGAGCCAUCACUACUGUUGAUCCAAGUUAUGGAGGCUGCAUUUAUUGAUCGUGAUGCUUCUCAGAGUGCAAAACAUUAGAUCAGAGAAAUCUUUUGGAUUUGUAGUUACACAAUAGAU